GGACCCAGGAUCAUGGCUGCUGCUCACGAUUUGGAGUUGGAGAACCUGAAUAUGGAGAGAGGAAGGAGAGAAGAGCUGGAGGAUGAGAAACUGAGAGAGGAUAGGGCAGGUAAUGAUCCCCCCAAGAGCAGGAAGGUGCACAGAAUCGUCUCCAAGUGGAUGCUUCCUGAGCAGGUCCGAAGAACAUACCUGGAGAGAGCAAACUGCCUCCCACCCCCGCUGUUCAUCAUCUCCAUCAGCCUGGCCGAGCUGGCAGUGUUUAUUUACUAUGCUGUGUGGAAGCCUCAGAAACAGUGGAUCACCUUGGACACGGGCAUCUUGGAGAGUCCCUUCACCUACCGUCCUGAGAAGAGGGAGGAGGCCUGGAGGUUCAUCUCAUACAUGCUUGUCCAUGCUGGAGUUCAGCACAUCGUGGGGAACCUUUUUAUGCAGCUCGUUUUGGGUAUCCCCUUGGAAAUGGUCCACAAAGGCCUCCGAGUGGGGCUGGUAUACCUGGCAGGAGUACUUGCAGGUUCCCUUGCCAGCUCCAUUUUUGACCCCCUCAAAUCUCUUGUGGGUGCUUCAGGAGGAGUCUAUGCCCUGAUGGGAGGCUAUUUCAUGAAUGUGCUAGUGAAUUUUCGAGAAAUGAUUCCUGCCUUUGGGAUUGUCAGACUCCUGAUCAUCAUCCUGAUAA